CGUUGGGUCCUGGCCGGUCGAGGAAGCGCCAAGGGCCUUGGCAGUUGCGGGGGGCGACUUUGGCGUCCGUGAGGGGGCGGCCCGGGGUCAGGAUGCGGCGGAGCCCCCGCCCGGGCUCGGCCGCGUCUCCACAAAAGCACACGCCCAACUUCUACAGCGACAACAGCAACAGCUCAAUGAGCGUCACCUCGGGGGACAGCAGCGGGCACCGGUCAGCUGGGCCGGGGCCCGUGGAGCCCGAGGGCAGAAGAGCCCGGGGUUCGAGCUGCGGUGAGCCCGCCUUGAGUGCUGGAGUGCCCGGAGGAACCACAUGGGCUGGAAGCUCUCGGCAGAAGCCGGCGCCUCGGAGCCACAAUGGGCCGACCGCCUGUGGCGCCGCAACCGUGAGGGGCGGGGCCUCGGAACCGGCUGGCUCUCCCGUAGUCUCCGAGGAACAGCUCGACCUUCUCUCAACCCUGGAUCUGAGACAGGAGAUGCCUCCCCCGCGAGUGUCCAAGAGCUUCCUGAGCCUACUUUUCCAGGUGCCGAGCGUGUUGUUAUCCCUGGUAGGAGACGUGCUGGUCAGUGUGUACAGGGAGGUCUGUUCCAUCCGCUUCCUGAUCACGGCUGUGUCACUGCUGAGCAUCUUUCUGGCAGUACUCUGGUGGGGGCUUCUGUAUCUGGUGCCUCCUUUGGAGAAUGAACCUAAGGAGAUGCUGACUGUAAGUGAGUAUCACGAGCGUGUGCGCUCCCAGGGGCAGCAGUUGCAGCAGCUCCAGGUCGAGCUAGAUAAACUCCACAAGGAGGUCUCCAACGUCCGUGCAGCCAACAGCGAGAAAGUGGCCAAGCUUGUAUUCCAGAGACUGAAUGAGGACUUUGUGAGGAAACCAGACUACGCGCUGAGCUCUGUGGGAGCCUCUAUCGACUUAGAGAAGACCUCCCAGGACUACGAGGACACAAAUACUGCUUAUUUUUGGAAUCGUUUCAACUUCUGGAAUUAUGCACGACCACCCACAGUUAUCCUGGAGCCAGAUGUCUUCCCUGGGAAUUGCUGGGCUUUUGAAGGUGACCAGGGCCAGGUGGUAAUCCGGCUGCCAGGUCGUGUACAGCUGAGCGACGUCACCCUGCAGCAUCCACCGCCCAGUGUGGCACACUCUGGGGGAGCAAAUAGCGCCCCACGCGACUUUUCAGUCUAUGGCCUCCAGGUUGAUGACAAGACUGAAGUUUUCUUGGGGAAAUUCACCUUCGAUGUAGAGAAAUCUGAGAUUCAGACUUUCCACCUACAGAAUGACCCUCCAGCUGCCUUUCCCAAGGUGAAGAUCCAGAUUCUAAGCAACUGGGGCCAUCCACGUUUCACAUGUUUGUAUCGAGUCCGAGCCCAUGGCAUGCGAAUCUCAGAGGGGGCAGAGGAUGGUGCCACAGGGGGGCCCCAUUAAACAUGCUGAUUAUUGAUAUGGAGAUUUUUGCUAAAGACUAGAGGCUAGAGCAAUCCCUGGCGGAUGGGGGAGUUUCUGUGGGGGCUUUAGUUGUCCAUGGUAUAAGUGUAUAGUCUCUUUCUCUUAGAGAAAGUUGAGACCAGUAAUAUACAGUAGCCACAGCUCAUGUUUAUAAAAUGUUUACCAUGUACAAGAGACACAGUGCUAUGGACAUUACAUACAUUACUUACUUAACUCUCACAGCCAUAAAGGAGGAAAUGCUCAGGUUAGAAAACUUGUUCUUGCUUGUGAAGAGCAGCAUUACAGUAGGCCCCAUACCUGCCUCCCCCCAGAGGCCGCUGUCUUUAACUGCAGAACUGCUAGUCAGGUUGUAGUGAUGCUUGUGCACCCUCCUCAAUCUAUGAACAAGCCCAACUCCUGCAUGGUACAGUAAGAGGGAGAAUUACCCCUUUUAUUUUGAUAAGCCCUCAGAAACUAAAGAGGACUUGCAGAUUUUGACUCAGGAAACAUGUGACUGAGAGUUGAUGAUACAGGCCUUGGGUAGCCCUACUCAGACUAUCUUUCUGAGACCUGAAUACCUGACUCUGCAAGGUGUAAGUGAUCUCAUGUUCAUCAAACCCUGCCCUAAAGGAGUUUGACAGGAAAGGGAGGACAGGAUACUUCAGGAAACAGGACAAUUUACUGGAUCCAGGAAUUAUUUAUUCUAGGGAUUGAAAAUAAGAGUUGGAAGAAUAAAGAUGAAGGAAACAGGCAUAAAAGGAUUAAUAAUUCUCCCUGGACAGGGUAGAAAGGGGGACCAACAUGAGAAACAAGUAUCUUGGCUAUUAGGUUCCUUCCCAGAAUGUUCAUGUUUUGGGGAAGUAUACAGACUAUUAAUAGUGGCUAUACCUAUAGAAAGUAGAAGGUGUGUAGGUUAUACAUAUCCAUCUGUCUAAAUUUUAAGAUUUUCUUUCUAAAGAUUAUUUAUGCAUACAAGAAUUGGGGUCAGGCCAAAGGUGGA